AUGUCGACGACACCUCUGUCGCCGCCUGAAUCAUCGUCGUCGACCGCCCGCACUCUCCUGGAGCAGACAGUCUCGCUGUUGAGCAGCGCCGCGGGCUACAUGCGCCUGCCGGCUCUCGUCUCCACUGGGGUUGCUGCGUGUCUGACUGCCCUGCUCUACUUUAAGCAAAAAACCCUCAUCUACCCCUCGCAUAUCCCGCCCAACUCGCGCACCGAUGUGCCUCGCCCCAGCCAAUACAACUUCAAAGACUACGAGGAGCUCAUCAUCCCGACGCACGAUGGCGAGAAGCUGUCCGCCUUCUACAUCCGCGGGCCGCGCGGCGGCCCCCACUCCAAGGUGACGGUACUCAUGUUCCACGGCAACGCCGGCAACAUCGGCCACCGCUUGCCCAUCGCCCGCAUGCUGAUUGCGGCAGCCGGCUGCAACGUCUUCAUGCUGGAGUACCGGGGGUACGGCAUCUCGACCGGUUCCCCGGACGAGACGGGCUUGAACAUCGACGCCCAGACCGCGCUGGAUUAUUUGCGCAAUCGCGCCGAGACGAGGGAUCACAAGAUCAUUGUGUAUGGACAGAGCUUGGGAGGGGCCGUGGGAAUCAGGCUGGUUGCGAAGAACCAGGCCCGGGGCGAUAUUGCGGGCCUGAUUUUGGAGAACACGUUCCUCAGCAUUCGCAAACUGAUUCCCAGUAUCAUGCCCCCCGCCAAAUGGCUGUCGUAUCUGUGCCAUCAGGUCUGGCCCAGUGAUACGCUGAUUCCGAGCAUCAAGGUGCCGACGCUGUUUUUAAGUGGGUUACAGGACGAGAUUGUCCCGCCCAUCCAUAUGAAAAAGCUUCAUGAUCUGUCCCGUGCUCCCGUCAAAGUCUGGAAGCCGCUGCCCGGCGGCGACCAUAACUCAAGCGUUAUCGAGGAGGGUUACUUUGAGACCAUAGCCGAAUUCAUCACCAAGAUCGUCUCCGGGGAGUACAGGGCUGAGGAUAUCCCAGAAAAACUGUAA